UUAGAGAGGGAAAAAAGGCCUGAUCGAAAGGAGGAUAAGAAAAGAAAGUGGACUUGUAUCUCUUUAAUGUGCUCUGACGUCACGAUGAUGCAAGCUGAAAGAGAGAGGGGAGAAAAAAGAAAGUCCCAUACUUUUAUUUUUUAAACCGGAAACCGGAAACACUUAUUUUCUUAAUAAGAGAACGAAAACAAGCCUGGUUUUAAAUUAAUAUUUAUAAAAAUAAAAAAUAAUAGAGAAGCAGCGACCCUAUUGAGGUCAGAGGAAAAGCGUUGCCGGGGCGACCGGCUGGCUAGAGGGAGGGGGGCACUGCGGCGCGCGCGCGGCGUGCCUGUGAACGUGCGCGCUCUCGCCUCUGUUAGCAGCAGUCGCGGCAUCCAGAGAGAGAGAGAGAGGGAGGCAGCAUCCUCUCACCCCGCCGGUACCGACACCAGCCACCGGGACUCCCGGCCGCCGCCACCCACGCUGCUUCCCGCGCUCGCCUCCGGGGAAUUAACCGUGGAUUUUAUCGCGUCAGAAAAGAGAAAAAACCGGAAGGAAAAAAAAAAAAAAAGAGCGGCAGAGCGAGGUUAGCGGUCAGCACAGGUGAUACUUCUGACACCAAAUGUCCGGCCAAACGCUCUAUUUAAUUUUUUUUGAAGCUGAAAAUAUAUUUUUCCUCUCUUAAAAGAAUGAUUUAAUGGCUGUUCUGAUAACCCCCCCCCCUGCUCGGAUGGGUCAUCCUAACUACAGAUGCUUUUAUUUUGUAAACCUGUCAUGAAGUCCCGUCUGCGGUUGGAUUGAACCAGCUGGAAAGGAUUUUUUUUCCUAUUUUUUGGAAAGAAAAAUAAAAAUACUUUCAGCUUGACACCCCCAAACCAACCCCCCCGGAGGGUGGUGAAGAGGACAAGGAGAAGGGCAAAAUCCCAGGAAGCCCCGAGGGGGAUCUGGUACCCAACUCACCAGCAGAGUCUACCACUGAUGCAAUACUCUUGGAGUCGAAGCGGUAUGGAACGCAACAGAACCAUGGCUGACCAAAAGUUUCGGAGAGCAGCUUUUCAGAUACGUCACUGAGUGAUCACACAACUCAAGACCCAACAAUCCUGGGUUACCACUCGCCUCUGGGAUUUGGUCAAUUCCACCUGGCUUUGUUGUCUCACGAUAGUAUGGUUUCCACUCCUUGCUUUUGUCUAUAAUCCUCAUCUUGGACAAUCAAAUUAGUUAUCCACCGUUUGAUUCCAGCCAUGAACCCCUUACCUCUAACUCGGCGGGGUUUGUUGUCAAGGACACGCCACUUUAGACUCAUGACGGACUGGUGCUUUAUAAGUAUCCUAGGCCUUACCCUUCUCUUCAAUUUGGCCUCGUGUCAGAGGAUGGAUCCCUCCAAGCACCCGAUCGUCAACACCAACUAUGGAAAGAUCAGAGGCGUCAAGAAGGACUUGAACAAUGAGAUUCUCGGCCCGGUGGAGCAAUACCUGGGAGUUCCCUACGCCACAGCGCCCAUCGGCGACCGCCGCUUCCAACCUCCCGAGGCGCCAGGAUCCUGGCAGGAGAUCCGCAAUGCCACCCAGUUUGCCCCCGUGUGCCCUCAGAACAUACACGGGGUGCUUCCGGAGAUCAUGCUGCCUGUGUGGUUCACGGACAACCUGGACGUGGCGGCGGGAUACAUCCAGAACCAGAGCGAAGACUGCCUCUACCUCAAUAUCUACGUGCCAACAGAGGACGGUCCGCUCACAAAAAAAACUGAUGAAUCUUCAAUGAACAAGCCGCGAGACGAAGAUAUUCGUGACCGCAGGAAGAAGCCGGUGAUGAUGUUCAUUCACGGAGGCUCCUACAUGGAAGGCACAGGAAACAUGUUUGAUGCCAGCGUGCUCGCCGCCUACGGCAACGUGAUCGUGGUGACCAUGAACUACCGGUUGGGAGUGCUAGGUUUCCUCAGUACGGGGGAUCAGUCCGCUAAGGGAAACUACGGUCUGCUGGACCAGAUCCAGGCCCUCCGCUGGCUCAACGAGAACAUCGGACACUUCGGAGGAGACCCGGAGAGGAUCACCAUCUUCGGUUCUGGAGCCGGCGGCUCCUGCGUCAACCUCCUGAUCCUGUCGCACCACUCGGAGGGUUUGUUCCACAGAGCCAUCGCUCAGAGCGGCACGGCCAUCUCCAGCUGGUCCGUCAACUACCAACCCCUCAAGUACACCAAGAUCCUGGCCAGGAAGGUGGGCUGCACCUACUCAGACACCGUGGACCUGGUCGACUGCCUGAGGCGCAAAACCUUCAGGGAGCUGGUGGACCAGGACAUCCAACCGGCGCGGUACCACAUCGCCUUCGGCCCCGUGGUGGACGGAGACGUGGUCCCUGACGAUCCCGAGAUUCUCAUGCAGCAGGGGGAGUUCCUCAACUAUGACAUCCUCAUAGGAGUGAAUCAAGGAGAAGGGCUGAAGUUUGUGGAUGACAGCGAGGACAAUGAUGGGAUCACCGCCGCCGCGUUCGACUACACCAUCUCCAACUUUGUCGACAACCUGUACGGGUACCCCGAGGGCAAAGACAUCCUGAGGGAGACCAUAAAGUUCAUGUACACCGACUGGGCGGACAGGGACAACGGCGACAUGCGGAGGAAAACUCUGCUAGCCCUGUUUACCGACCACCAGUGGGUGGCGCCGGCGAUAGCUACCGCCAAACUGCACGCCGAGUUCCAGUCCCCCGUUUACUUUUACACCUUCUACCACCACUGCCAGACGGAGACGAGACCCGAGUGGGCGGACGCCGCCCACGGGGAUGAGAUCCCGUACGUCUUUGGUGUUCCAAUGAUCGGCGCUACCGACCUGUUUCCGUGCAAUUUCUCCAAGAACGACGUGAUGUUGAGCGCCGUGGUCAUGACUUACUGGACCAACUUUGCCAAGACGGGUGACCCCAACCUGCCGGUUCCUCAGGACACCAAGUUCAUUCACACCAAACCCAACCGCUUUGAAGAAGUCAUCUGGACCAAGUUCAAUUCCAAGGACAAGCAGUAUCUCCACAUCGGCUUGAAACCUCGAGUUAGAGACAACUACCGGGCCAACAAGGUGGCCUUCUGGUUGGAACUGGUGCCGCAUCUUCACAGUCUACACGAGAUCUUCCCCACGACCACCCGCUCGCCCCCAGGAGGUCCAGGGACUAUGAGGCCGGGGCCCAGACCCUCGGGCCCUCGCACCACUCGGUACCCCUACCCAACCUUCCCAUCCGAGUCCGACCCCGAGGGCUCGGACCGUCCGCCCCAGGAGCUGUUUCCUGGAGACACUCGUGACUACUCCACUGAACUGAGCGUGACGGUAGCCGUGGGAGCCUCGCUGCUUUUCCUCAACAUCCUGGCGUUCGCGGCCCUCUACUACAAGCGCGACAAGCGCCACGAGAUGCGGCGGCACCGCCUGUCCCCCCAGAGGGGCGGACCGGCGAACGACCUGGCCCACAGCCAGGAGGAGGAGAUCAUGUCGUUGCAGAUGAAGCACUCGGAGCACGACCCCCACCACGACAUGGAGCCCUUGAGGCCCCAUGACAUUCUGCGGCCCGCCUGCCCGCCCGACUACACCCUGGCGCUGCGCCGGGCCCCCGACGACGUGCCGCUGAUGACGCCCAACACCAUCACCAUGAUCCCCAGCACCAUCACCAGCAUGCAGCCUCUUCAUGCUUUCAAUACCUUCCCUUCCACCGGCCACAACAACACCCUGCCCCACCCCCACUCCACCACCAGGGUAUAGUAGGGCCCGGCCCGGCAAGCUCCACUCAAGGACCUGGAAUACUGGCCCUACUGCUCACCAGGAGGAGAGGCGGACCUCCAGAUGCGGGCCUCUAUUCUCUAUCACUGUCUCUUUUCUCCAAAAGCUGUCAAAGGAAGCAGCCCCCUCUAGUGGCGGAGCAUGCAGAACUGCAUGGAAGCAGAUCCUCCAGUUUGAGGGCGACUCUGAACUCUCAAAGAAACAGUUUUUAAAGAGUGUCUGCAAUUUCUAGACAAAAAAAAAAAAGACGGUUUUGCUCCUUCCUGUUUUAUCUCUUUAUUUUUUACAAUGGAAUCGUCUUCUAUUCCGUCCUCCGUGUUUUCUGUGAGCAUUUCUUUUUCUUUCUACGACAUCUGUGUCUUAUCGCUGCUCCGGUCCUCGGGUUCGACCCGAUUCUCCACCUCCUCGGCGGCGCUGGAGGACUUAAGGCGCUCGGAGCCGGAGGGGACGAGACGAACACACGGUUGCUAUGGAGACUUCUCUGUCAUCCCGCCGGCGUUCUCGGUGCCAAGUACUGUGUUCCUCAUCAAGGGGAGACAAAAGAGAAUUCCUGUCAACUAGCAGAGGCUGUGUGAUCUCAUGACAAAGUGCCAAACCGGCCCUCCGUGUUUUCCCUUCGAUUCAUCUCGUUUCUACGGUGUUUGUUUUGUUGUGGAAGGAUGUCUUGCUGAAAAUAUAGAUAUAGAGAAAAGAUAUUAUAUAUAGUUCUAUAUAAAUGUGUACAAAGGAGAAAGUAUAUGAGUGGGUUUUAUCAGGGGGCGGGGUCUAUGCAUGAAUUAUUUUUCGAGGAUAACCAUGAGGGUGGGUGGGAUCAGUCCGUUUCCUAAAUCCGGUCAGAUGAUUCUGGUCCACUUUGAUUUUUCAAAAGGGUCACUAAUAGCUGAAAGUGUCCGUCCUCCAUUACGAUGCUAUUUACAGAACCCCCCCACCCCCCCCACCAAACGAAGAUGAUGAAGCACACCCUCAUCCUCCGUCAGCAGCUUCUUCCAGAGGAUGCUCCCGUGGCGCCGAAGACGCAAUUAUUUUUGUAUUCAGUCAGAUUUUUCUUUCUGUUGCAUCAGAUAGGCCUUAAUUAGAUGAAGACAGGCAGCUCCCCCCACCCCCACCCAAAACGAGCCUCAGCAUAUCCGUCUGGGAUCGUCCGGCUGGUUUUUCGUAGCCCGUACGUUACGAGGUAAGCACACUGAAGGGAUCUCAAACGCGCUCCACAAAGAUGUCAAACGUAAAACACGCCAGUAGGGCGCCGUCGUUUGUCCCGCUACUGCCUAAAGGACGGCGGGGAGGACGGAAGGGGGCUCAAAACUGAGACUGGAGGCAGGCACCACGUCCGCUUUUAUACUCCCCUACCAAGCGGAGGACAGAACCAGAACCCGGAUCGAGUCCACGCGCUCCCUCCAGAGGGCGCCAUCGUGUCGGACUGAGCACAGCCCACGUGGAGGGACACCUGGCGAGGAUCAAAGUGUACAUUUUUACCUGUAAGAAUCAAACAGACAAAAUAUUUGUAAAUAUUCAGUUUCUCGUUUGUUUGUUUGUUUGUUUUUAUUUCUGUUGGUUUGUUUGGGAUUUGAAUGAAUGCUUACGUUGUGACGACCUAAGACAGCAGGUGCAGCUCUUCAAAAGUCUCCAAGCUCCUCCCACACGACAAACAAACGGGCCAGUUUUAGUGGUUGAGAACAGAUGGAGCGUCCUGUAGCAUCCUGAGCGGGGAAGCCGCUGUAGCAGAUCCGCUGUCGAUCGGAGGCAUCUCCAGGUUACAACCAUUUCCUAUCAAAUGUGUUACAGAGUCUGCAGUGUCAUCUUCCUGUUGUGUAAAAGCAAGUUUGCUGCCUGUUGAAUUCUUUCUAUUUAGACGAGAAAAGCAGCUCUGCUCAGACGGCGAACCAGCCGGAACCACAAGCGUAAUGAGAUGUCCGCUCGCCUCACAUGUAGCAGUGUUUACAUGUAGCCUUUGGGUUGGAGGAACACUGAGAUGCCUCAAAUGUGCAAACGUUAGCAUCCCCCUUUUGGUUUUUGUGUAUUGCAAAUGUGUAGUUUUCUUUACUAGUUGAGCCAACACAACCACACAGGCAAUACCAAAAACCCCUAUGAGUACGACGAAACAGCUCGCAAAUCUGCUAGCUUUCAGUUUUUAACAUUGAAAUUGUCUCUUUAUCUCAUUUCCAUUCGAGUUUUUGACAUUUUGUCUAAAGGAUUUCAGAACCACGCUUUGUUUCUUUACUUUGUUUGCUUUUCUGGAGACUCACAUUUGCCUUCGACACCUUCGACACACGCUCUGUGAGUUACCAGAUAACACACUUCACUCACGCGAAGUGUUAAUCUUUAUGUUAUUGCUUCACGUUAGCAAAGCAGCUUACUUUGCUAAAGCUAAGUACUAUAGCAAAGCGACAUUUUAAUAACUUUAUUAAAGUAAAGUGUUCCUUAAUGUUUGUACUUUACGAUAAAGUGUUACAUAGUAGCAUAAAGCCACUAAAUGUAAAGCAAGACUUUACUCACUUUUCUAACACAAAAGCAAAUGUUACUAACGUAAAUUUUAGCAAAAUAGCAUGAUGCUAACAAAGUACUAGCAUAAAGAAAGACUACAUUUGUGAAGUACAUAAAUGGUGGAAGAGUUAUGGUAAUUUAGAGAGUUAUUUGUGUACAACCUGGACGGUCUUAAGGCCUCAAGCCCAGAUCAUUACUCCUCCACCUCCAUACUUGUCAUUUCUGUUACAAUAUUAGAAUUUUUUUUGUCUCAUCUGUUGAUAUGACAAAAACUCUUACAUUUUAUUGAGACAAAAAAAGAAAAAUACAGCAAAAUUUGGGUGUCUGAGGUCUUUUUAAGCCAACUCCCAUCCAGACAUUUGUCUGUAUUUGAGGAUCUCCUCCAGUAUCUCAAAUCUUUCUCACUGUAAAACAACAAAAAAUAAUUUCCAGAUUCAUGUGCAGAAAAAUUCCUUCCCUCUUGAGCUCUAUUAGGGAUAGUAAUGCCCAAGAUUUAUUUUACUAUUUUAGUAUUUUUGUUGGGUUUGGUUCAAAAAAUUCAACAAAAAUCAAAUUUAUUGACUCUAUUUUAUACCUUUUCCCUUUAAAAAGACUAAAGGAUUAACAGGAAAUGGAUGCUGCUCUUGCACAGGAUCGUACUUUCGUGGAGUAAUGCGAUCGCUCCAGCCUUUUUGAUUCAAAUCACUGUGCUCUUGUCAGCGUGGAAGUUCUCCUGCACUGGGGGGUUGGAUCAGAAGUGGAUUCCAGCUGCUUUUCAUGCAUAAAACCUUCUUUCUUCGUCUCAUUCUGUGGAGGGGAUCUCACAGACUGCAGAUCUGCACCUGUUGUCUUGUUUUUACAUUCUAUGUUGACAUCAGAAACCCGAGACUUGACAUGAAGAAAACUGUUUAAAUAAUGAUCAUUUAAAAAGAAAAAGAAAAAAACGUGAAUAUAAAAAAGUAAAAUUAUAUACAUAAAUGAGGUGAUGAUAUUUCUGUUACUUUAGAAGUUAUUAUACACUGUAUGCUGUGGUUCUGAUCUGGGAAACAUUAAAGAAGUUCAUAACCAAA